GGGUCCGAGCUCUUCCAAGUUGCAGCGAACACCAAAAAGGGCCAUUUACCGUGUUAACACAGUAAGGAGAGCACUGUAUCCCGUCAUUGGUUGGAAAUUUCCAUGAGCCGGAAACACAGCGGGUGCCAAGGAUCCGGGAAAGCAUCACUCACUGCCGACCGGCGAAGCGCACGCACAAGAGCUCGAGGGAAUUGCGCCACUCGCACCACCGGAAGUGUUAAUUGAUUGAAGCUCUGCUUCUCAUCUGUCCACCAUGGGUUCGAGCACGUCCAAGCCCUCGAAUCCCGCACCACACGUGUGGAGGGGCUCCUCCCAGGCCGGGGUGUCGCAAAGCCUAGUUGAAUCCCUUGAGACCAGUAACGAGACCGAUGUCUCGCGUCUCCAGGCCCUCGAGCUCCAUAUCCAAGAACGCGUCGCCGCCGAGCUGAAGCGCCUUCGCGCCCAAGAAGCCGAAACCUUGCGCGAGGCGCAACAGAAACUCUCGGCCGAACCCGCCGCCGACCAGCAAGGGGAGGAGCAGCAGCGGCAGCUCGCCGGGCCCAGUCGCCAGGAAGUGUCCAAGGCGAUCGGAGACCUGCGCGCCAAGCUCGAGGAGAGGAAAAAGGUGCGCCAGGUGCCCGAGACCUUGGAGAGCGCGCGGGACGAGGUGGUGCGGUGCCUACGUGAGAACGACCGGCGGCCGCUGGACUGCUGGCGCGAGGUGGAGGCUUUCAAGGAGGAGGUCAGGAGGCUGGAGAAAGGGUGGGUUGACAAGGUCGUCAAAUAAAUAAGGGAUGAUGAGGAGGUGAAUGGGGGUUACGAAUGUAAUUCGCCAGGCCAGUGUUGUAUACCAUGAAUAUCGUGUAUCAAAGGGAUUGGGAUCUCGGGUCGCCGGAUGGCUUCGGUGACGUAGAAAAGGGGAAAUAGAAGGCGUUCGCAAUCAUAGUCCUGCAGAGAC